AUGAGUUCGCCUUUUGUUGUGUCAAAUGUUGUCGACCCGUCCAACGAUGGCCGCCCGGUCGCUCCCAGUGGCGAUCCGGCAAUGGCCGUAUUCAUCGACGACGGUGCGCACGACGUGACACGAGUCCGAAGCGUGUCAUCAGCAGCGGCGACAGCAACCAUUGUGACUACCCGCGAGGUUCAGCCGACGGGCGGGUCAUCGGCCCCGCACCUCACGAUAUUCUUAACGCCGGCGUCGUUGGCAGACGCACGUGCCGGAUACGUCGCUGCGCCGGGACUGUAUGCCGUGGCCAUGAUCCGCGACGGUCUUGGCUGGGUUGCAAGGAUGGGCCGGCAUACCGAGGUCGAAGUCCAUCACGCCGCAUGGGCUCACCUCAUGGAGCCAGACGCCGCUGUUGCAGUCGUUGUCGAGCUUCGCUCGGACUCGGGCACCCUAGCUAACUUUGACGACGAUGUGAUUGACUUUGUUCCGCAGCGCGCGGCCCUCCCGCCAGUGCCGUCACCGGCCCCACAGUCAUCGACACCGCACUUGGCGCUUGCGAUUGAUGGUAUCGGCAGCGAAUGGGCGAGACUGAUAGAAAACCCGCCUGGCCUCCCGGUUAGGGUCGCUGCCGAGGCCGAUGUGGCCAACGAUGGCGUGGCUAGCUCGAUCAGUGUCCGUUCCGAGCUUGAGCCGGCCAACGACUACCGCGAGGUCAUUGUAGCAACCGAUGACGACGCAGUGGCAGUCUUUGCCACGACACACGCGCCCACCGGCACACCGCCAACCCCGUCAGCCCGGCAUGUUGUGUACAUCGUCACCGACACGCCGUCGGCCGGGUACGAGCUUGCGCCUGGCAUUGUCGCAGUCGCCACCAUUGACGAUGGCAUCGGCUACGUCUACUCGGGACCAGACCAGCUUGCGCAUCCAUCGCUCCGCUAUGCCGCGGUGACGUCGGGCAACAAGAUGGAGGCAUUCAUGGCGGCCGAUGUAUGGGCCCAUCUCGUGUCCGACUCGGCUGUCAUGGACGCAGUGGUGGUACUCAUCGACUCGGCCACCGGCCUUGCCGAUUGGACACCCGACGCCGCUGGCUCACCGUCGAGCUCCGGGCCGCCGUCGCCGCCUCCACCGCUUUCUCCCACCGACUCCGGCCCGGUACCACACCAUGACAAGGGUAGCAACAGCAGCGCGGCCGGUGUCAUUGCCGGCACUUCUGUCGCGCUCCUCCUCCUCGCCUGCUGUGUUGUUUGUGUAUUGUGGAUGUGGCGACGGCGCAGCGAGGCUGCCAAGGCUGGCGUACCCGUUUCGGCGUCAUCAGCCAGCCUGACCAGCCGUUCAGAGUCUGCGGAGAGUGGUGAGGAUGCUGCCAGCAUCGAGAAGAACAACGCGACCGGAGACGCUGUCAGUGGCCGGGAAAGCAGCAGUAUGUCGUCACCGCAGACGCUGCCGCGGACGCUCGCAUCGUCACCGAAUCAGUCACCAACCACCCGUCAGCCUCCGGAGCUGGAGCCAAUCCUGAGUGACUCUACAUGCGAUGAGGAUGCGCACGUCGAGUCGGUAAGCUGCAACGUGGUUUCGCAGUCGAUGUCGCGAUCUGCAUCGUCAAGUGAUGGCGAGGAUGUAUACGGCCGAAACUACGGUGCCAGCUCGAUGUAUAAGGCGCCGCGUGGCCUGCAGCAAGCUGAUUCGUGGGCGGCGGACUCGCAUGCAAGCGUGCUUGGUGCCGUUGUGCUCGGCGAGCGCAGCGACGAUAACGACGACGCGUCGCUCUCACCAGGGCCGUGUAUCGAUGGCCCCGGCCAGAUGCUACGGUAUCAGUCGUCGAUGUUGAAUUCUGACGCGACGCUGGCGGCGUCGUCGUCGUGCGUGCAGCGGCUCUCGUCGUCGUUUACCCAGCCGCAGCCGCGCUCGUGGUCGCGAGUGUUUGAAAGCGAAAGCGAGCAGAAAGGGCAGUCUAUUGCCGAUCGACGCAAGGCUGCCAAGGGCCGGCGGUCGCGGACUCAAGGCGACUCACUCCUUGCCAGCACAUUGGCACGGGCGUCACAGUCGGCGACCAAGUCACCGGCACGUCUCCUGCACCACCAGUCAUCCAUGCUCGGCGACUCAUCAUCGUUCUCAAAUAGCGACGACGAGGAGGACGGCCAUGGCACCGGACGGCUGCGACUGACGGAUACCGACCAGCACGGGUCGACAUCGACGUCGCGAUCGCCGUCAGCGUCGCCUUCGCCGGCGUCAACUGCGUUGCCGCUUCGUGCGGCCCGAAGCCGGUCGCGCAACCGUGGCCCCCGAAAGCUGUCUCACAGAUGGGACUCGUCAAUCAUCGGCUCGACGCUCUUCCACAACAUCUCCGAGAUUGACAACGAAUCGAGCACGCCGAGAGCUGACAGCGCAGCCAGCGACGACGGCGGCACGAGCCAUCCCGAACGCCACGCCCGGUCCUCACACAGUGGCGACAGCGGCUCUGAUUGGAAUUGUGACGACACAGACGACCGUGCUGACAGUGAGUAGCACUCUGAUUGCCAGCUGUAGGCGGGGCACUGAACGCCGUCGAGUACACUCGCACUGAUCGGCCUCAGGGGUCAUGGCGCUUUGCUUCUGCGUGUUGUCGCCCACAAAACGAAAGGUAAAGGCCAAACCGCCAAAGGGA